AGAAAUUAAGAAAUUUUAUAAUCGCGAAUUUUAUAUAUGAUGUUAACCUAUGUUAAAUGGUGUUGAUGCGAAGCAACCGUUUCAAGCCGAAUUCUAGUUUUAUUAUUAGUGGAUUUUUAAGAUUACUGUAAUCGUAUUCAAGUGCAGCCUUUGCUUUCUUUUGAAAGACAAGGUUUCUGUUAUAACAGGAAGCAUUAUUAUUGGUAAUGCAGUCUUUAAUUUUAUUGAGCAGACAGAGUUGGUAAACGGAAUUUUAUUUAGGUUGUGGAGAUUUUAGCAAUUUAAUGGAUCGUCGUCAUUAAACCAGAUACUAAACUAAAGUGAAUGCAGAAGUUAUCAAAUAUAAAUAAUAGAAUUAUUUUUAAAAUAUAAAAUUAUCUUAAAUGACUUGUGUGAUCAUAUCGCGAAUAUGGAUGCAGUAAUUUAACAAGGGAAGAGAUUAGCUCAUCACUUGUAGAUGUGUACAGAGAUAUUUAUAUACGCAAAUGUGUUUACUAGUUUAGUCAUUCAUUACGUCACGGAUGUAUAGCAAAAUUUGUUAGUUUUUAUUUAUUUAUUAAAUAACGGAUUAUCGUUAGUAUUAAUUAACAAAAUAAAUAAAAAUGUUUCGAAUACUCCUAAAAACAAGCGGAAGGAUGGUCAGUAGUCGAAAACUGUUGUUACCUCAAAGCAAAGGAAUAUUGUCUAUGGGCAGUUUACUAACACAACGUUACAUUGGUCUACAGAAAAAGAGCGACAAUGAUCAUUAUUACGCUGGUACUAUGGCUGAAGUUCAAGCUGAAAUUAUGAAACGUUUAGGUUUAGAAAUGGGUUACUCACCGGUGCCAAAAACCCGCGAACAUUUACUUAAAUAUGAGCCAAAAAUUACCGAUUUGCCAGCGCGUUCUAUGCAAGAUUCCUUUACUUCAGUUAUAAUACCAUUAAGUUCUGAUAAAAGCCUACAAGACCGAUAUGUAGCAUUUUUGGGUCAUGUUCGAUUAGGACGUUUAAUGGAAGACAUGGAUAUGUUUGCUGUUUGGGUAUGUCAUCAACAUGUGAAUGUCCCUUCUCUACCAGCGGAUGUUCAUUUGCCCUAUACAUUUGUUACUAUACUAGUGGAUAAGGUAACAUUUUCCGAUGUACGAACUAGGGCCACUGAAGAUAUACGUAUGUCAGGGCAUGUUUCAUGGGUGGGUAGAAGUUCAAUGGAAAUUGUUGUAUGGCUAGAGCAAAAAGAGAAUGGUUCAUGGCGUAAAAUUACACGAGCUUUAUUUUUAAUGGCUGCCCGUAAUGCCACCAAUACGGGAGCGGCGCCAGUUAAUCCUAUCAAACCCGCCACUGAUGAAGAGAAGAAUAUUUUAGAUGGUGGCGAAGAACGUAAGAAAUUGCGUCAAAAAUUACAAGCGUCUUCCAUAUUCAAAGUGGAACCCAAUGAUUUUGAACAAUCAUUGAUGUAUGAUCUGUAUAAGCGUACCACACCACAAACGACAAUCGAGUUAAAUAAACGUGUUUUACCAUCUAAUUGCCGUUGGAUGUCUGAUUCUUAUGUGGUUAAUACGAUGGCUUCGUAUCCGGAAAAUCGUAACGCCCAUAAUAAAGUAUUUGGCGGCUUUUUAAUGCGCAACGCAUUGGAAAUCAGUUGGGUGGGGGCGAAUCUCUAUUGCAAAAAUCGCCCUAAAUUGGAGCAUAUUUGUGAUAUUAGUUUUGAGAAGCCGGUGAGUGUUAAUUCAUUCAUUAAAAUGACUGCCUAUGUGGUCUACACUGAAGUUAACUACAUGCAAAUGAUGACCAUCGCUGAUAUUAUCGAUUCCAGUACUGGUGAUCAGUUAACUUCGAAUGUAUUUUAUUAUACAUUUUCGGCACCAGAUGAAGUCCCCGAAAUAUUACCCCGUUCGUAUCACGAAACGAUGUGGUAUAUACACGGACGUCGUAAAUUCAAAUACGCUUUGGGUUUGGAAUAAAAACAAACGGAAGAAAGCAUCAGACGAAAUUUAUCGAAAUUAUUAAUUGGAACGAACAGGA